GGCGCCACUGAUCCUUCGCCAUCACCAUCGUCCACUACAUUGCCUGUACCUGCGGCAUCUCUCCAUUCUAUGGCUUGAAGACGCAUUUCAUAUUCUCUUUGACAUUUCCGGCUCAUCAUCUUGGUUAUUUCUUUGCCGCUGAGCUAUCCCAAACCUCAUCUCAAGCCAUUCCCCCCCAGCCAACCCUUCCAUCGACAUUUUCACCAUGGCCGCUUCUGCUACACCUUCCUCCACCUCUAAUACUUCCCUCAACCGCUUCCAUGCUCAAGGCACUCAUUCUACCGUCACCCAACUCAUUGGCCAAACCCCCCUAGUUCAACUCCAGAAGAUUCCCCAAUCCCUCGGCAUACCCGCCACAGUCUACGCAAAAUGCGAGUUCUUCAAUGCCGGAGGCAGCGUCAAAGACCGCAUCGCCCUCCGCAUGAUCGAAGAGGCCGAGAAAAGUGGUCGUAUCAAGCCUGGUGAUACCCUGAUAGAGCCCACUUCUGGAAAUACGGGCAUUGGUUUGGCCCUCGUUGCUGCCGUCAAGGGAUACAAGACCAUCAUUACUCUACCGGAAAAAAUGUCGGCCGAAAAAGUCGCCGUCCUCAAGGCCCUUAACGCCACCAUUAUCAGAACCCCUACUCAAGCCGCUUUCGAUAGUCCUGAAUCUCACAUUGGCGUUGCCAAACGCCUGGAAAAGGAGAUCCCCAAUGCACAUAUUCUUGACCAGUAUGCCAACCCCGACAACCCCUUGGCUCAUGAAUUGGGCACUGCCGAAGAAAUCUGGGCGCAGACUGGUGGUUCCAUUACUGCAAUUAUCGCCGGCGCUGGUACUGGAGGCACAAUCACUGGGCUCGCUCGAGGUCUCCACAAACACAACAAAGACAUCAAGGUCAUCGCUGCCGACCCCCAAGGCUCCAUCCUUGCCCUCCCGUCUCAACUCAACGACGAAUUCAAGGACACACCCUACAAGGUCGAAGGCAUCGGUUAUGAUUUCAUUCCAGAUGUCCUGGACCAGAAGGCUGUCAAUACUUGGUACAAGACCAACGAUCGUGACUCUUUUCACUACGCUCGACGAUUGAUCGCCGAGGAGGGCCUCCUGGCCGGUGGCAGUUCCGGUUCUGCCAUGGCCGCCUUGGUCGCCGCCCAUCGUGCCCAACCUUUCACCAGCUCAGAUGUCGUUGUGGUUGUACUACCUGACAGCAUCCGCUCCUACCUAUCCAAAUUUAUCGACGAUGACUGGCUCGCCGCUAACGACCUCUUGCCCUCAACCCCACCUGAAGUCGAUGAAUCUUCACAAGUCCAGAAUCCUCUGUCUCGCACCCGCUCCACCUCUUUCAAAGACUCCAACGAUCAGUUCCGAGGCGCCACAGUUCGCUCUCUCCGCCUCAAGCCCGUUCAAACCGUCCCCGCAGACUCCUCCUGCAGCUCCGCCAUCGAAGUGAUGCGCGAAAAGGGCUUUGAUCAACUGCCCGUUCUUUCAGCCAAGACCCGCCGCCUCGUCGGCCUCGUCACACUGGGCAACUUGCUCAGUCGCAUCUCACAUGGUCGUGCCACCGCCAAAUCUCCUGUCUCCGAUGUCAUGUUCGACUUCACCACCAUCAAUGAAGUCAUCACUGAUCCUCGCGACUUUGGAGACAUUGCUGCCGCUAGUUCCAGCACCAAAUCCACCAAUCAGCCCAACGGCUCCGGCGGUUCGAGCGACAAGGCUCCUGCUCGUUCCUCACAUCACCACAAGAAGAGACCUUUUGUCGAAAUUACCAUGGACACUCCAUUGAGUGCCUUGAAUCGCUUCUUUGAAUGGCAGAGUGCUGCCGUUGUCACCGAGCGAGACCCGGAUGAUCCCAAGAAUGGUGCUCUAAAACCUCUGGCCGUUGUCACAAAGGUCGACCUUUUGACCUGGCUGCUCAGCGAGCACAAAUUACGUUGACCCUCAACGCGUUCGGUCAUGUCUAUGGUCCAGAAUUCAUGACAGCACUGCGACGGCGUUCCGGGCCUAGUCCAAUCGAUGAUUUGAUUUCAUCGACUGCAUUUACUAGUUUGGUCGGGUUUUACGGUCCAAGACGACACCUUGCUUGCGCAGGGUUCAUUCAACAUGCCCCGUCGGAUGCUUUGAUGAUCCAUCGAAUCCUCACGUCUCAUGACCUGGCUUAGUACAUGUACAAUGUUUUAGAAUAUAUAGUCCCUGUAAUUCCAGAUCUACUCACUCUGCUGCCUCAUGUGCAAGGCAGGGGGUCACCAUCUCGACUUUCACAAAAA